CGUCGCUAGUUCCCUCUUUUCGUACGCUUCUCCCUUCUCUUUUCUCUCUCUGCGCUCUGUCAUACUCAUAUUAAUUUCUGCCUAGUCUUCCCUUCUUCGUUUUCAAUACGGAAGGAGAGCAUAGCUCAGAGCAUUUUGAUCAGAACCAAAUUCAGGUAUUGGAAUUUGUUACGUCUUACCCAAUUUCUCUCUCUGUCAUCUAGUGACAGGAACGAGGAUUUUCACUAUUUUGUUAAGGCGGUGAGAGUUGGAAAUGGUCGGAAAAGAAAACAUGAGGACAGAGGACUUGAAUCUGUGCUUUGAGCAGCUGAUGAUGCGCGGUGGUAGCGCUCGCAGUGGUGGUGGUGGGAAAGUGAAAAUGGAAGCUGGAGUUAUUACUGACUGGAAGGAUAUCCCUAUGGAGCUCCUGUUGCAAAUCAUUUCCGUCGUCGACGAUAAGACGGUGAUCGUGGCUUCUGGGGUCUGUCGUGGGUGGAGAGAUGCUAUUUGCAUGGGUGUUACCCAUCUUUCUUUUUCAUGGUGCACGAAGAACAUGAACAACUUGGUCUUAUCUCUUGCUCCUAAAUUCACGAAAUUGCAGAGUCUGAUUCUGCGCCAGGAUAAAGCACAACUUGAGGAUAAUGCUGUUGAGACUAUAGCAAAUUUCUGUCAUGAUUUGCAGAUCCUGGACCUAAGCAAAAGCUUCAAGCUUAGUGAUUGCUCCCUAUAUGCCUUAGCACAUGGUUGUCCAAACCUUUCAAAACUCAAUAUCAGUGGAUGCUCUGCAUUCAGUGACGUUGCUCUUGAAUAUCUGGCUAGUCACUGCAGAAAACUAAAAGUUUUAAAUCUUUGUGGAUGUGUCGAGACUGCAACAGACACAGCAUUGCGGGCUAUCGGGCGUUACUGCAAUCAGUUGCAGUCUUUGAAUCUUGGAUGGUGUGAGUAUGUGAGUGAUGAUGGAGUUAUGAGUUUGGCAUAUGGAUGCCCUGAUCUCAGAACCCUUGAUUUAUGUGGCUGUGUUCGUAUAACAGAUCAUAGUGUGAUUGCUCUGGCAACUGGAUGUGUUCAUCUGAGAUCCCUUGGCCUGUACUAUUGUCAGAACAUCACAGACAGAGCAAUGUAUUCCUUGACUCAAGUGAAGAACAAGCCUGCAAUGUGGGCAUCUGUGAAAGGCAGGAAUGAUGAAGAUGGGCUAAGGACUCUCAACAUCAGCCAGUGCACGGCGCUUACCCCUUCGGCUGUUCAGGCAGUGUGCGACACAUUUCCUUCACUUCACACCUGCUCUGGGAGGCAUUCUCUCAUCAUGAGUGGAUGUUUGAGCUUAACUUCCGUGCAUUGCGCCUGUGCUAUCCAAGCACACCGCACUCCUAAUGCUUUUCCCCAUUCAGCUCAUUGAACCAAGUAUCAAGGUGCUGAUCUUCAAAUAUCUCGAGACCUAUGUAAAUGUUGUUGUGUUAAGGUCUAGGACCGGUUAAAAAUGUGUAGCUGUUUGGCAUAUACGAUUUAGAGACCAUGUGAAAUACAAAAACUUCUAUGUAAGUUUUUUCAUCUAUGAAGUGGAAACCAGGAUUGGCGUUGGAAUUA